CUGAUUAAGCAAGGAGAAGGCACACGAGGAGCCUUAAGGAAAAAGCAGGAACGAAAAGAGACUGCUGAGCAGACGUGAGUGACCAGGUUCGUGGAGGUGUUUAAUCCAGACGCUCCAGAGGACUUGAGAGUGACUUCCAUAUGUGUGUGAGUGAACUACUCCGCAGGUGAAGACGUCGGGAGGCUGGCGGCUAAAGCAGAAGCUAGUGGCUCACAGGACCGGACUAGUUGGCAGCCCGCCAACUGUUGCGUCCGUGACUGUGGGGACAGAUCGUGGAGCUGCAGACGAGGCGUGAGCACCGCAACUUGGGCAGUGACGGGUCUUUGGUUUCCUCGGGCUGGAUUUUCUCUUGCAAUCACCUGUUCUUCAGCCUUCAGCCAGUGGGCAGGAGGAUACAGUCCUGACCAAUUGAUGCAGCAGCAAAAAGGAGAGAAACUGUCAGAUUUCCUUCGACGCCUGGAAAGGUCUCUAGCCAAGGUCAUCCAACGAGGUGGUCUUCCUGCCAGCUGCAUGGAUCGAGCCCGUCUGGAGCAACUGCUAAGAGGUGCUAUCGCUUCAGACCUGAUGUUGAUUCAGCUGCGUUUGAGAGAAAGGAAGGCUGCGCCCCCAAGCUUUCUACAGCUUUUGACUGAGAUUCGUGCUGAAGAAGAGUAUGAAACUUCUAGAAAGAAGCUCAGCGCCUCAGUACACCAAGUGCAUGCUAACCCAGAAGUGGAUACAAGGCAAGCAGAGAUUCAGAGUUUAAAGGCGGAAAUAAAAGAACUGAAAUCAAUGGUUGCAUCAGUGGUGACCCAAUACACUCCUGUCAAAGAGGAUUACAGAGAGGCUACACCUGUCAAUGCACCGCCUGGCCCUGAGAACCGGCAAGACGCUGAGCUGGCUGCUUUGAAAAAACAGUUGAAAAGAUUAAAGCAGAAAACUAGUAACAAGAUGUCUGAGCAGGAUGCUGCAGUUUCGACCAUGGAGGCUUCCAAAUCGUUCUCCAACUCACCCAAAGGGACACCGAAAAAGUCAGAGGAGAAUUUCUGCUACAGGUGUGGUGAGAGCGGACAUUUUGCCACCAAGUGCCACAACCCUGAAAACCAAGCCAAGGUUAUUAGAAAGCUAAUUCACGCUUUAAAGAUGACAAAAGACGAACAGCGGUCUAGCGGUUCCGCCCCCAGUGAAGUAAACUGUGGGGUCAAGAAAAGUGCAGUUACCUCAUCUGAGCCGGAUGGCAUCCCUGAAGGCUUGAUUGGUCCACCUAGCAUCGUACCUGUGAAAAUAAAUGGACAUGACUGUGACGCCUUGUUUGAUAGUGGCUCACAGGUCACCAUCAUUUUCGAGUCUUGGUACCAAACUUACCUGUCAGAUGUUCCCAUACGCCCUGUGUCUGGUUUAGCUCUGUGGGGAUUAAGUGAAUCCGAGGGCAGUUAUCCCUACCGUGGAUACGUGGUGGUCGACGUUGAAUAUCCAGCAAAGGUUGCAGGUGCCGACCAGACAGUGACUAUUCUCGCUCUUAUCUGCCCCCAGCCCCGAACUGCAGACCAGACUCCUGUUAUUGUUGGGACCAAUGCCAGUCACAUUCGACGUCUUGUACAACAAAGUAAAGACAACGGCAUUGACAUCACACAGACACUGGGGAUACGGUGUUACAGAGACAUUAAUCAAACCUCGACAAACACAACCACAGCCUUGGAAGAGAAAGGUGACAUCGGCUGUGUGUUGUGGCAAGGUCCUGGCCCCCUGACGCUGCCCCCUGGUGGUGACUGUAGUGCAGUCUGUAAAGUCGAGUACAAACACCAAGUCGACAAACAGAUCCUGAUGGUGGACUCAUCUCCCCUCACGCCACUCCCGGCUGGUGUGCUACUUCAGCCAAUGGUGGUGCCCAGCGAAGACGUGAAUGUCAGCCAGUUCAGAAUCUUGGUCCAAAAUGAGUCCAUGUCAGAGACAGUCAUACCAGUGGGAACAGUUAUUGGGCACAUGUAUCUGACGGAUGCAGUUACUCACCUCUCUCCAUCCAAGACUGUUGACAUCGAGUUUGAUCCAAACCUGAUUAACUUUGGAGACUCGCCUGUCUCAGAGGAGUGGAAACAGAGACUCCGUCAGAAGCUAUCCACAAGGUCUCAGGUGUUCUCGCUUCAUGAAUGGGAUGUUGGAUUGGCGAAGGGAGUAGAGCACAUGAUCCGGAUGUCAGAUCCACGGCCAUUCAGGGAGCGCUCGCGUCGCCUGGCCCCAGCUGACCUGGAAGACGUGAGAAAGCACCUCCAGGAACUGUUGCGUGCAGGGAUCAUCAAAGAGUCUCGUAGUCCCUAUGCAUCCCCAAUCGUGAUUGUUCGCAAAAAGACUGGAGCUGUGAGAAUGUGUAUCGAUUACAGAUUGUUGAACAGCCGAACAAUCCCCGACCAGUACACAACACCCUGCAUCGAUGAUGUCUUGGAUUCGAUGACCGGGAGCAAGUGGUUCUCCGUUCUUGAUCUGCGGAGCGGUUAUUACCAGAUUGCCAUGGCUGAGGAGGAUAAGGAGAAGACGGCAUUCAUCUGUCCACUGGGGUUCUUUCAGUUCGAAAGGAUGCCGCAGGGGAUAACUGGAGCCCCAGCCACAUUCCAGAGAUUAAUGGAGAAAGCUGUGGGUGACAUGAAUCUGCUGGAAGUCCUUGUUUACCUCGGCGACCUGAUUGUAUUUGGCCGAACUUUAGAAGAGCAUGAAGAGAGGCUUCUUAAAGUUCUGGAUCGCCUGGCAGAGGUUGGAUUAAAAAUCUCGUUCGACAAAUGCCAGUUCUGUCUCCCAAAGGUAAAGUACCUUGGACACAUUGUCUCGGCAGAUGGAGUAUUGCCUGACCCCUCCAAGAUAGAGGCAGUUACCACGUGGCCACAGCCUACGCACCUGAAGGCUCUUCAAUCCUUUUUAGGAUUUUGCGGAUAUUAUCGCCGUUUCAUUGCCAAUUACGCGGCUAUCGUCAGGCCAUUGUCAGAGCUCACAAAGGGUUAUGCUCCGACCCAGAGGAGUAAGAAACCUGAGAAAGACAACACAAAGACUUACCUCAAACAGUCUGAGCCGUUUGGUGAGCGAUGGGACCAGUCCUGCACAGAGGCUUUCCACAAAAUUAUCCACUGCCUUACCCAUGCACCAGUGUUGGCCUUUGCGGAUCCCAACAAGUCAUACGUCCUGCAUGUAGACGCCAGCUUCAAAGGGCUUGGCGCCGUCCUAUAUCAGGAGCACAGCGAGGGUCUGAGGCCAGUUGCCUUCGCUAGCCGGAAGCUGAAGACAUCUGAGAGGAACUAUCCCGUUCACCAGCUGGAGUUCCUGGCCCUUAAGUGGGCGGUUGUGGAUAAAUUCCAUGAUUAUUUGUAUGGGGUCAGAUUCACAAUACGUACGGACAACAACCCGCUUACGUAUGUGCUGACGACCGCCAAGCUUAGUGCGGUGGGGCACCGAUGGCUCUCAGCCUUAUCCACCUACGACUUUGAUGUUCAGUACCGACCAGGCAAACACAACAUAGACGCAGACCUGCUCUCCAGGAACAUGCCUGAUGAGACUUCCGAGGAAUGGACCACCAUACCACAGUCCGGUGUGAGAUCCAUCUGCAAGCGAAUCUGGAUCCCUGGUACUGUGGGCAGUCCACCAAGUUAUAUAGAUCAGUUGGGAGUUUCUUCUGAAUGUGUGCCUGAUGUUUUUGCAUUCCCGACUCACCUAGAGUUGAAGUCCUUGGAGCAGAUGUCUCAGCAGGAGCUGAGAGAAGCUCAAGAGGAUGAUGUAGCCAUCCGACAUGCCAUUCAAGCUGUUAAAAAUGGAAAAUGGCCUGAAGGAAAUGGAUCCAGUCUAGAAAGUUUCCGUCUCAAGAAAGAGAUGGGAAAGCUAAUGAUGAAGGACGGGCUACUACAUCGUCUAAGCAAGCGGCCCUCUGGAGCAGAACUAACUCAACUUGUCUUGCCAAGUGGGUUCAAAGAACUGGUGUUGAAAGCCACACACGAUGAUCUAGGACACCUGGGUAUUGAAAGAACCACAGACUUGUUGAGGAGCCGAUUCUUUUGGCCGAAGCUUGCAAACGACGUUGAGCAGUACAUAAAGAACUGUGGAGCAUGUGUUACGCGAAAGACCCCUUGUCAUAGGGCAGCACCUUUGCAUCACAUUACAAGCAGUGGACCAAUGGACCUCGUGUGCAUUGAUUUUCUUUCAAUGGAACCAGAUUCUACAGGCAUCGGAAAUGUUCUGGUGGUGACGGAUCAUUUCACCCGUUAUGCACAGGCGUUCCCUUCCCGAAAUCAGAAGGCGCAAACAGUGGCGAAGAUUCUGGUGGACAAGUACUUCCUGCAUUAUGGUCUGCCAGCAAGAAUCCACUCGGAUCAAGGGAGAGACUUUGAAAGUCAUUUGAUCAAAGAGCUUCUGAAGAUGAUGGGAAUCCGGAAAUCCCGGACUACUCCUUACCACCCGCAAGGAGAUCCACAGCCAGAAAGAUUCAAUAGAACUCUUCUUUCCAUGCUGGGAACCCUGGGUUGUGAGAAGAAGAAACAGUGGAGCAAACAUGUUGGUUACCUGGUUCAUGCAUACAACAGCACCAAAUGUGACGCUACAGGGUAUUCACCCUAUUUCUUGAUGUUUGGCCGAGAAGCAAGACUUCCCAUAGACUUGUGUUUUGGAACCUCUCCUGAUGGCGAAACUCCUGGUUGCCAUUCUCGCUAUGUAGCCAAGCUGAAAGAUGACUUGGAGAGGGCUUACAAACUUGCUGCUGACACAGCCUACAAGACACAUCAGAGGAACAAAAGGUCCUAUGACAAAAGAGUUGGAUUUCAAACCCUGGAGAUCGGUGACAGAGUGUUACUCAGGAACUUGGGUUUGAAAGGAAAACACAAACUGGAAAGUCGUUGGAGUUCUAUCCCUUACGUGGUGUUAGGAAAGAUGCCCAACCUUCCAGUGUACAAAGUGAAACCGGAAGAUGGAAGAGGAGGAGUCAAAACUCUCCAUCGUGAUCACCUCCUUCCAAUUGGACAGUUUGUAAGAAUGCCGACAGUGGAUGUGGAGGACAAGUCACAUGUCAAGACAAGAACAAAAACAAGAUCUGAGACACAAAAGAGAUCAAAGAAAGUCUUACCUGAAGUACAGGAAGAUCUUCAAGAGAUGCAAGAGAGCAUGGAUUCAUCUUCAGAAAUGGAGUAUUAUGGAUCUGAAAAACCAUACAGUACUUACCUGAAAGAAAUCCUGGAAAGAGAAAGACAAACGGCUGUACAGUCACACCUCAUCCAGGAUGAUGCUGAUUCUUCUUCACCGUCAGAUGGAAAUCCUGCUGGAGACAGUUUGUCGGAGGAGGAAAGUGUGGAAGAGGAACCCGAUGGUGUGAGAGAAGAGGAUGGUGAUCAAGAUUCAGAGGAAGAAAGUGAUCCAGAGUCUGAUAACCCUUGCUACGAUAAGCACCCAGAGACUGUCACUAAGACAAAAGAGAGUAGCAAACCUGAAAACCGUCCAAAAAGAAAAAUAAAACCAGUCAUCAGGUUAACUUAUGACGAGCCUGGUAGAGCUACAGAUCAGCCUCUCACUAUUGUACAUAGAGGAGUUGUCAUUAAGAUUGGCAAGAGUUAAGUUAAAC